GUCCAUUAUAAAAGUUAUAGCUAUUUUGUCUAGAAACAACUAGAUUGACUAAAAAUGUACAUCAGUCACGCUUUUGUCUGGUUCAUUUUGCAGUCUUCAGUGGAGCAAUUCAUAUAAAGCAAGUGUGUCAUCCGGGUUCUUUAAUACAACUAGAAAUGAGAGUAAAUAAAAAUGAAAGAAAAUCUACUAGAGCUCAAUAAUGAAAGGUUCACACAGUGUUGUAGUCCUUGGAAUGAUAGCUUGUAUAUUAGUGUUUAAAUCUUAUUUAAAUUACGCAGUGUCGAUUAUUACAGACCAAUCUAGUAAGAAGGGGAGUAUACGGUUAAAAGAAUUAACAGACACUGACAAUCAUGUUCAUCCCGCACCAAUUGUGAUAUUAACCUAUAUGAGAAGUGGUUCCUCUCUUGUCGGAGAUAUAUUACAGCAGGGUAAAGAUGUAUUUUAUUUAUUUGAACCACUCAGACUUGCACAGUUUCGACUAAGGAAGAAACAGCCAUACUAUAACCUUGAUGGAAAUGAAAGGUUGUAUAGCAGUUUCUUUGACGCCGGCAGAGAUAUAAUAAGAAACUGGACAACAUGUAGUUUAUUUGGGCUUCCGAACAUUACCUGGAGCGAUGGAUUUCUGUCUAAAAGCAAAAAAGCAAAACUAUAUAAUGCUUGCAAACUGUUUAAAUCAAACCUGCUACCUGAAAACGAAACGAUUUAUAGCUGUGUGAACAUGUUAAAACAAGUAUGUUUACAGGCUAACUACGUCGUGCUGAAAAUAAUCCGUCUGCCCGUCGACACGUUGGAACAAUUGAUGCUGGAAUUCCCGCGUAUGAAAAUAGUUCAUCUUGUAAGGGACCCCCGGGCAACAGUUUUAUCACAAAUGAAAUUUGGAUUGAUAACAAAAAAAUCGUUGGUGACAAAUGUCAUAGACUUUUGUUCUAGAAUAUACAGGGAUCUCGUAACUAUUGAUAUAUUAUCUAAAAAGUAUCCGGAAAGAGUUUUAACAUUUUUCUAUGAAGAUCUUGCCAAAGAUCCUCUAAAAAUGUCAAAACAAUUGUACAAAUUCACAGGCAUAAGUUACACACCGGAAGUGGAAAAAUAUGUCUUCAAAAUUACAAUGGCUGGAAAAUACGUUAAUUGUGGUAGUUUAUGUACAGUUAAAUCGAAUUCAUCAAAAGCAGCAGAUGCUUGGCGGUCAAAGUUAAAUAUGCCAAAAGCUCGAAUCAUUGAUAGGUCAUGUAGGCCUGUGUACCAACGGUUAGGAUUCAGGGAAAUAAAGAGUGAGGAAAUGCUAAAGAAUCACGAAAUCCCUUUGAGAGUAGAACGUGAAAAUCUAAAUGACUAUCGUUAUGCAUAAUCAAUUGCAUUUGGGAUUAUUGCUGGUGA